ACUAACCAGCGUAGCUUGGUCUGCCUAGACUCGUAUACUAAUCUUGCUCUCAGCAUCAAAAACAGGCCUGGUCUGGGCUGAACGGGGCCUAGGUGUGACGUCAUCGACAGCUCACCCCAGUGCCCUCAUUCGUAUAUCAGUUCAAACGCGCCUAUCGCACGGAGACCUGAGCGAAGCAAUAAAACACUAAAUCCUAGGAAAAUGACAAUCGCACCCCUGUCGAAUAUCCAAGUCACCUCUCGCCAGAUUCCACGAUGGCAGCACAUACCAAACACCUCGAUUCAAUCCAAGCCCCUCAUGAUCUACCACAGAGCCUUCACUGCGACUCCUGACCAACUCGCGUCCCAUCUCAGCAAAGUUGGAGAGGUCAUGCCACAGUGGGUUUACGGGAUGUAUAGCCAGACACACUUCCACAGCACUACGCAUGAAGUCUUGGGGGUUGUGUCCGGUCGUGCGCGUCUUUGCUUCGGUGGCGAGCACAACCCGAAUCGGUUCGAACCCACCGUUGAGAGGGGUGACUUGAUCAUUGUCCCUGCCGGUGUGGGCCAUCGCCUACUGGGGGACCUUGACAGCCAGGAGGGUUUCAAGAUGGUUGGUGCCUAUCCAGGGGAUAAAUCGUGGGACAUGUGCUAUGGCAAGCCAGAGGAUGAGGAACAGAUUGAGAAUAUUAGGAACGUGGAAUGGUUUCACGGAGACCCGUUGUUUGGACCUGAUGGGCCAGCUCUACAUGUGUAGAGGCAGUAAAUCAAGGCAAAAAGAAAGCCCCACUAAGGUCUAAUGGCCGCAUCGUGGUUGGCAUGAGCAAAAAGAAGAAAAAGAUAUGGGACCAACCGGGAUCGAACCGGUGACCUUUAGAUUACACUACUUCUUAGAAGUAGGAGGCUGAAGUUGAUUCUUCAGUCUAACGCGCUCCCAGCUGCGCC